GGGGCACGAGAGACGGAGCCCGGACAUGCCCUUCACGGAGCGCGCCUAUUUCCCGGCGGGGGCGGCCGCGACCGGCGCGGGGCCGUUUCCCGCCUUCCAGUUCCGCGGGCGCCAUGAGGGCCCGGACUGGCGGCGGCUGAGCGCCGUGGACGUGGGCCGGGUGUGGCGGGAGGGCGACGUGGCGGCCCUGCAGGAACACCUGGAGCACGUCACCUUCUGCAGCGCCGAGCGGGAGCGCUGCCCCCACUGCCAGGGCCCCGCCGACCCGCUGCUGCUCAAGCUGCUGCGCCUGGCCCAGCUGUGCACCGAGUACCUGCUGCACUCGCAGGAAUACCUGAGCGCCCAGCUUGGCAGCCUGGAAGAGGCUCUGCGUGCGGCCCAGGCCCAGCGCGACCGCCUGGCCGAGGAGGUGGCCCAGCGCACCCAGGAGGUCAAGGGGCUGAAAGAGGAGUGCCGGCGCAGGAAGAAGAUGAUCAGCACCCAGCAGAUGAUGCUGGAGGCCCGAGCCAGCUACCAUCAGUGUCAGUUCUGUGAAAAGGCUUUUAUGAACUAUUCCUUUUUACAAGGUCACAUGCAAAGGCGUCAUCCAGAAGAAUCUCAGAUUGCAGAACAAAAGAGGAAAGCGAAGACGGACAAACUGCAGGAUGAGAUUGAGAAACUGAAGGAGCAGCUGCAGCUCACCAAAUCCCAGUUAGAAGCUGAACAGCAAGCUAAUGUGGUCCGAUUUUCCAAGGAAUGUGAACAGCAAAAAUCAAAAGAAGAAGAAAUUCUACAAUCAUUUCAUAAAUGGAAAGAAGAAGAAAAAGCCAAAUUGGCUGAUGAAAUAGAAAAAGUGAAAGAUAUGUUUAUGAAAGAGCUUAAGGAGUUAUCUUCAAGAAAUUCAACAUUAGAAAAUCAACUGUUAGCAUUACAAACAUCCAGUAUGCAGAAGUCCAAUUUAGGGACACUGAAAGACAGCCACGAAUUCAUGGAAGAGAAGCCUCAGAGUACUCAGGAUUAUCACAAAGUGGUUAAACUUCUUGAAAAACAGGAAAGUAAAUGGACGUCUAGAAUACAAGCCCUUCGUCAAGAUCAUGAAACAGAGAAGUCCCUGCUCCUGUCACAGAUUGAGAAGCUUAAAUCGUCAGUGAGAGAAGACCUGAAUAAAAAUAACACCUUUUACAAGAGGAGGAUAGAAGAAUUGGGAGAGAGGCUUCAGGAACAGAACGAUCUGAUUAUUACUCAAAAGAAGCAGAUAAAAGAGUUAUCCACAAAAUCAGUUGCAAGCAUCAAACCCUAUGAUACAAACACUGCAGUUGAGCGUCUUGAAGAACCUAAAUCAAGUCUACCUGUCAUGUAUGAGCAGGCCCCCUUGGUACAUAUGCUGGAGCCCAUAGAGGAGCUUUCAGAAGAGGAAAAAGAAAUUGAGAAAGACGAUCUUAAAACAGGUAGAAGUAACCAACAUUUAAUAAAUGCUUUGAAGACUGAUCCUUCUUUAACUAAAGAAUUAAGAGUUGUUUUGGAGCAAGCCCUGGAGGAAAAACUGGAAUCCUUGGGAAUUAAAGCAGGUGUCCGUGGUAUCCCAAAUGAUCGCUUAAAUAAAAUUCUACGUGCCAUUGAAUCUGCUAGAGAACACAAACUGAAGCAAGAGCCUCACAUUCAACGAAUUCGAGAGUAUCUUGAACGCCAAGUCGGCUUCAGGAUUGUAGAGAGAUCAACACUGUCUAACAGAACUGUUUCCAGUCCUUACAUUACUUCUGAAGGUAAACAGAAGUUCAAUCAAUUGGGAAUUUCCUCAUCUACCAUACCACAAAAACCAGUAAAACGGUCUUUGACAGCUGUCCGCCCAGCUGAACAAAGAGCAGCCAUCGCUGAGAAUACAUCUACACCAAAGAAGCUCAUCGGAAAUGAAGCUUCCAAAAAGACAUCUAGUAUCACAACUCCACCAUUCAGUUCAGAGGAAGAAGCAGAUGACGAUGAUGUCAAACAGUUGCGCGUCUCACGAGAGUUGUUGCAAAAACAGUCAAAAACAUCGAGCAGCAAAAUUAGUGCUUUUCAGAUGGCUUCUGACAAAAGUGAUGUGGAUGGGACAGAGGAAAGUGAAACUGAAGAAACAGGAACACCUGUCAAAACCUCAAAAGGAACUGUUAUUCAAAAGCUGACUGAACAAGUUGGAAGGAGUCUUUCUAACCAUGCAAAUAAGAGCAGGCCGGCUGGAGGGAUAGAUGUUGCACAAGCAUUUAUUAAGAAAGAAGAGGUGCAAGAACCCAAGUUCACAGAAGCAGAUGAAGAUGACUGGGAUAUAUCAUCUAUAGAAGAAGACUAUUUGUUAAUGAAAGAUAAUAAUGGUCAGAAGGCAUCAAUAGUUCAGAAAAAUGAGUCAAAUGCUACGUCUGUUGUGCAUGCGUGGGGUCUUCCAAAGAAGACUGUACCAAAACAAGAAGGUCCUCGUGAAGUUGAUAAUACAAGCACAUUAAAAAGCAGCUUAGUCACUGUAACAGAUUGGAGUGAUUCUUCAGAUAUAUAAUAGUUAUAUUCGUGUUGGGAGGCGCUGCUUUUUGGUUUCUAUUGAGUUUGAAAAUGUAAUUGAAAUCAUCGAGUGUUUCCUGCUCAUUUCUCAUGCUGUUCAAGUGACAACAAUGAAUACUGUUUACAGAGCUCCUGUGUCUUUUAGCCCUGAGUUUGUACAAAGAAUUUUCAUAUGCACAUCGCUGGCCAUCAGUAUUUGGAGACCGAGAAAAUUGUUCUUCCUUGUGAAGUCAGUGCUGAAAAUCCUUGAUUUCACUGAGGUGAAGAUUUUGCCUCUAUUGUUUACUUUAAAGACCAAACCUGGUAUUCGAAGAAAACCUGUUCACCAGUGAACAGAAUUUACUGCAGAGUAUUACUUUAUAAGAUUUUUUAAAUGCAUAUUUUCUUGUAUUUUAUCAUAAACUUUAUAGAAAAUGGUAAGCAUUUUAAAUAGACUGUUUCCAUGUAUUCAAAUGUUAAGUUUCUAACAUGGUUUACAAUAAAUGCCAAAGGGGAAAAAAAGGCCUCAUAAAUAAAAGUUACUACUAAAUGUC